UCUUCAUCUUCAACCUCUUGCCGCUUCGUAAACACCCCUCUCUCUCUCUCUCUGAAGUUCUGCGGUAAUGGCUGAGGACCCUCAGAACCCGCCUCCCGCUCCGGAAGCGCCGGCCCCGGCGGAGGAAGUCGUGGUCGGGGUGGUCCCGGACGUGCCGCAUGCAGCCGAAGCGCCAGCUGCCGGAAAAGAGCCGCCGCCGCCGCCGUCUCCUGUGGGAGCCGUCGUGGAGGGCGAGCCGAAGGGCGCGGAGGCGGAGGCGGAGGAGAAGAUCGCGAAGGCCUCCAAGUUCGCUUCCUUCAAGGAAGAGACCAACGUGGUCGGGGAGCUCCCCGAGGCCCAGAAGAAGGCCCUCGACGAGCUCAAGCGCCUCGUCCGGGAGGCUCUGGACAAGCGCGAGUUCGCCGCUCAACCAUCAGAGUCGCCUCCUAAGGAAGAGGAGAAGGAGGAAGACAAAGAGGAGGCGAAAGCGUCCGCCGAGGAGCCCCCGAAGCCUGAAGCCGAGGCAGCUGCGGAAGUACCGCCGCCGGCGCCAGUGGAGGAGGCGGAGGCGGUGGUGAUCGUCCAGGAGGUGGUGGAGAAAGUGACUGCGGUCGAAGAGGAUGGCGCCAAGACCGUCGAGGCCAUCAAGGAGACGAUAGUCGAGGUGUCCACAACUGCCUCGGCGGCAAAAACAGAGGAGGAGGAGGCCGCUCUGGCUGCGGCCAUAGAAUGCAAGGAAGAAGCGGAACCCGUGGCGGAGCCAGAGGAGUUGUUCAUCUGUGGAGUCCCGCUCCUUGGCGACGACGAGAGGAGCGACGUCAUCCUCCUGAAGUUCCUGAGAGCCAGGGACUUCAAGGUGAAGGAGUCCUUCGACAUGAUCAAGAGCACGGUCCGCUGGCGCAGGGAGUUUGGCGUCGACGCCUUGGUCGAGGAGGACCUCGGGACAGAAUAUGACAAGGCAGUGUUCAUGCACGGGCUCGACCGGGAGGGCCACCCGGUGUGCUACAACGUGUAUGGCGAGUUUCAGGACAAGGAGCUGUAUCAGAAAGCCUUCGGGGACGAAGAGAAGAGGAAGAAGUUCCUCAAGUGGAGGAUCCAGUUCCUGGAGAGAAGCGUCAGGAAGCUCGACAUGAGUCCUGGCGGCGUCUCGACAGUGGUUCAGGUGAUUGACCUGAAGAACUCGCCGGGGCUUCUCAGGAGGGAGCUGAGGCAGACCACUGGCCAGGCUCUCCAGAUUCUUCAGGACAACUACCCUGAAUUUGUGGCCAAGCAGGUGUUCAUCAAUGUUCCAUGGUGGUACCUGGCCUACAAUAGGAUUAUCAGCCCUUUCUUGACGCAGAGGACCAAGAGCAAGUUUGUGUUUGCAAGCCCAUCAAGAUCUGCCGAGACACUCUUCAAAUACAUAGCACCAGAACGAGUGCCAGUGCAAUAUGGUGGGCUAAGCACAGAGGCUGAGCAGGAGUUCACUACUGCCGAACCUGCUACAGAGGUCGCGAUCAAGCCGGCAACCCAGCACACUGUUGAAUUCCCUGUUAGUGAGACACGCCUUCUGGUCUGGGAGGCUAAAGUAGUGGGGUGCGACGUGAGCUACGGAGCCGAGUUCGUGCCGAGCGCCGAGGGUGCCUACACCGUGAUCGUGCAGAAGUCCAGGAAGAUAACCCCAGCCGACGAGCAGCCCAUCAUCUGCGGCCGCUUCAAGGUCGAGGAACCGGGCAAGGUGGUGCUUACCAUCGACAACCAGUCCUCCAAGAGGAAGACGCUCCUUUACAGGUCCAAGACCAAGGCCUGCCCGGAAGACCAAUGCCCUUGUUGAUCAGUAAACUUGGAUUGCUUUUCAUUUUUGAAAUAUUUCAUUUGUAUUUCCCGGUUGUAAUAUGUGCCCUUUUUGUUCAGUCUGAAUUUCAGUAAAACCAAAUUGAUUGUGAGGACUUCAUUGUAGCUUCUUAUUAUUAUUGAUUCUUGAGGAAUGGUUUGAAACUGUAUAAACUUAAA